CGCGCCCUCUCCCCGCUGCCUUGAUCCCUCCCCGGCCGUGGUCCUCAGGCCUCAUUGGCCCCUUAUCUCCGCAGUAACCAGACCACAACAGUGAGCUUGAAGCGCCGAGGACAGGUCGGGCACUCCAGCAGGAACCCCACCUCCUUUGGCCAAGAUGCCUUUGGGACUCUCUCCAGGGAGCACCCGCUCCGAGGAUGGAAGCGAGGCCUUCCUGGAGGGAAUAGUGGAUUGGGAGCUGAGCAGACUGCAGCGACAAUGCAAAGUGAUGGAGGGGGAAAGGCGGGCCUAUGGCAAGGAGGUCCACCAGCGCAUCAACAAGCAACUCGAGGAGAUCCAGCGCCUGCAGGAGGUCCGGGACCAACUGCAGGUGCAAAUCAGCGUCGCCCAGAGCCAGGUCAAGCGGCUGCGAGACAGCGAGAGGCUGGAGAACAUGGGCCACCUGCUGAAGUGCCAGGCCCAGGUGCAGGCCGAGGUCACGGAGCUGCAAGAGCAGACCAGAGCCCUGGAUAGGCAGAUCCAGGAGUGGGAGACCCGGAUCUUUGCCCGUGGUAAGGAUGGCAGAACCUCAGGAUUCAUCCUGGAUCAGAAGGUCAAGAUCCGGCGAAGGAUCAAGAUCCUAGAAGACCAGCUGGACAGGGUCACCUGUCGCUUUGACACGCAGCUGGUGCGGAACGCGGCCCUGCGGGAGGAGCUGGAUCUCCUGCGGAUCGAGAGGAACCGCUAUCUGAAUGUGGACUGCAAGCUGCAGAAGGAGAUCCAGCAGCUCCGACACACGGUCAGCGCGCUCAUAGUCUCCUCCACCUCGGCCUACGCCGUCAGGGAGGAGGCGAAGGCCAAGAUGGGCAUGCUGCGCGAGCGCGCGGAGAAGGAGGUGGCGCAGAACGAGACGGAGGUGCAGACCCUGCAGCGGCAGAUCGCGCACCUGGAGCAGCUGCACCGCUUCCUCAAGCUCAAGAACGACGACCGGCAGCCGGACCCCGCCGUCGUGGAGAGGCGCGAGAAGCGGGCCCGGGAGGUGGCCGAAGGCCUCCGCAAGACCUCCCAGGAGAAGCUGGUGCUGCGCUACGAGGACGCCCUGAAUAAACUGUCCCAGCUGACCGGGGAGAGCGACCCGGACCUGCUGGUGGACAAGUACCUGGAGAUGGAGGAGCGCAACUUCGCGGAGUUCAACUUCAUCAACGAGCAGAACUCGGAGCUGGAGCGGCUGCAGGAGGAGAUCAAGGAGAUGCAGGAGGCCAUGGCGAGCGCGCGCGCCGGCGAGGAAACGCGGCGCUCGCUGCAGGAGCGGCAGCGGGCGGAGUUGCAGCGGCGCGUGGACGAGGUGCACGCGGAGGCAGAGAAGCUGGAGGCGCGCUUCCGGGACUUUCGGAGGCAGCUGGAGAAGCUCAAGGCCGACAUCCAGCAGCUCUUCACCCGGGCCCAGUGUGACAGCACCGCCAUCAACGACCUCCUGGGGGUCAAGACCUACAUGCGAGACCGGGACAUCGGCCUCUUCCUGGGCCUCAUCGAGAAGCGGCUGGUGGAGCUCCUGACGGUGCAGGCCUUUGUAGAUGCCCAGAGCUACACCUCCUCCGGCUUAGCGAACGCAGCCCUCCUGGUGCUGGGCCAGAGCCCUGAGGAUCUCCUGAAGAAGAUGGCCACACCUCAGCUCCCUGACAAUCUGGAGGACCCCCCAGGUUUUGAGACCAAAGACGACUAUCCCAUGAGCAGGGAGGAGCUGCUGAGCCAGGUGGUGAAGUCGCUGGAGGUCCGGGAGCAGGCACGGGAGCAGCACCUGAAGGAGCUGGCCGAGGCUGCGAGGAAGGCCGAGCGGGUCCCGAGCAUAAGCCUCCCCAGCCCCCAGAAGGCCAGCUUAGGCACACCCCACAGUAAUGUCCCCGGCUCCAUCUUGAGCCACAGGACUAGCGGCAUCCUGGUGUCCAGUGGCGGCCGUGCCACCAGCUCCAGUGUCGGCCACGUCACCUUUGGCUCCACCAGCGCCAAUGGGGCACCAACGUCCAGCCGGGGCUCGACUCCGGGCCGAGUGACCUUCAGACCCCUCAGCUCUAGUGGCUACCUGGGGUCCACUGGGUACUUGGGGUCCAGCAGAGGCCACGAAAGCUUUGGUGACGUGGAGAGCAGAGUCCCUGGGUCAGAAUCGAGCGGAGGCCUCGAGUCCAGCAGAGGCCAAGUCUCGAGCACUGGCCCUGCCUCCAGCACUGGCCCGGACUCCACCGCCGGCAAAGACUCCCAGAACGACAACUAGGGGCACCUGGUCCCCAGCCCGCCCCUGGCUCCUGGCGGGGCCUUGUCUGUGUCUCUGCCUCCUGACUUUCCC